AUGGCCCGACACUCGAUAGAAACCAGUCCGCAGGGAUCAGAGAAAAGAGCUCGCCUGUCUUGUGUGAACUGCCGCAAGCGAAAGGUCAAAUGCGAUAGGAAGGAGCCGCAUUGUACAGCUUGCGAAAAGCAUCAGGAACAAUGUCAAUAUCCAUUAGAAAGAAAGCGUGUAGUUCGAAGAUCAGCCUACAAAGAUAUGGCUACAAGGCUGGCGAAAAUGGAACGCCUGAUUUCCGAUUUCGCUCACAAUGGACCAGAUGAUAGUGCCUCUCCUGCAGUAUCUGAUGCCAGUCACGACACUCCGGUCAGGCAAAGAUCUGUCAAGCGUGGCCCCUCUAUCGUCAUGGAAUCCUCGCCUAUAGAGGAGACCGACUUCGCAUGGUCUAUUCCAGAACAUGAACAGACCCCUCAUGAUGUAAAUCUCAAUACAGCCCUUAUCCGUCAGAGGCAUGAUGUGAUUGAAACAGAAGAAGGUUAUCAAGGUGCUUGUUCCAUUUUUUCGCGGAAGGGAGUUGAGUGGGUCAACUUGCUAGUUGGCGACGAUUCUUUCGGUCAAAUGAUGUCCAAUUUUAAUCCUGUCAGAAAGACCAGAGAUCUACAAUUCAUGGCGGAUCGAACGCCUCUUCCGCCAAAUGAGGUACUAAUAGCUUGUGCUAAGACUUAUUUUCAACAGCUCAACAAGGACAUACAUCUUUUUCGGGAAGAGGUUAUAAUGGGAGGAUUAGAGUCCUACUUAGCUGGGAAUCCUAAUAGCAGUCUUGGAUGGUACGCCGCGAUGAAUAUUAUGGUGGCCCACUGCCUCCGCCAUGAGACCGAUAUUACUUCGAUGUUCGAUAACAAGUAUCAUUAUGACCACUACGUUUAUAAUGCCAUGAGCUUAAUUCCUACCAUGAUGUUGUCGCCAGUUGACGAAGUGAGCGUUGGUGCUUUAUUAUCCAUUGUUUUGUACUUUAUGUUCGGCUUUGAGAACGUCCCAGCAACAACGAUACUGGGAACAGCAAUUCAGCAGAUUUUGAUUGCGAAAUAUCACUACAAUGUGAAGGCACCGGGAUGUUCAGAGGAAGACUUUCAGCAGAGACGUCGAUUAUUCUGGAACGCCUAUCUUCUAGAUGUUGACCUCUCACUCCGGCUCACAAAGCCACCCGUGCACAGCUUGCAUCAAAUCAUCGAGCUCCCUCCGGAGAUUCCAUCUGAUGGCAUUGGCCUUGUUACUGUAAGCGGACACUCGUUCCAUUUCCUUCGAGAACAUGUCCGUCUCGCCAAAAUCCAAAGCAAAGCAUAUGCACUCUUAUACUCCGACACUUCGGUCUUGAAAUCCCCAGAACAGCUGUAUGAUGAUAUUGUUGAGCUUGACGAGGAGUUACACGAAUGGAAGGAUAAUGUACCGGAGCCACUGCGACCCCAGAAUCCACUUGACAAACUUGGUUCCGACAACUUGAUGUUCUUAACAGUUCUUCACUAUACUUAUUUCCAACUCAUCAUUGUCGUGCAUUCUGUUGUGUUUCAUGGUUGGACGACUCAAAAUCCUAGCGAUCGCGAGGAAAAGAUCGUUGGAAGUGUGACUUUAUGUGUCGGAGCUGCUCGGGCAUCCAUUGCGCUUCUGAACUAUCACGACAACUCGCAUCCUUUCACUCGGUAUCUGCUUAAUCACGUCGCCUGGAGUGUAGAUAUUCUAUUCAUGAAUAUACUCCAGAAUAAGACCAACCCACGAGUAAUAAAAGACCUCAAGCUUUUGGAGAAGAUUGUCACCUUUUACCAAAAGUACGACCCUGAACGCGACUCUAACCCCUCGUACCAACUCACAAAGACGAUGCUUCUCGUGGCGACGCGAGCUGUUCGGAAUGCACAAGGAGAUCAAGUAACAGCUUCAAUUGGUCAGCAAUUCUCGAAUCUGGAUAUCAAAGAUACCCCAAUGGAAAACCCAGAAAUUGUACCUGUUACAAUGACGCAGAGUGGCUUUCCACCCAUGCCUGCGAAUGGUAGUGGGCUGAACAACGGCUUUUAUAACAUGCCCUUCAUCGAAUCGGAGUGGAUGAUGCCGCUCGGAUUUCAGCGAGAGUAUUGGCAAGACCCAUGGGCGAACGUAUUUCAGGAUCCAGAGACAUAUGAUAUGGGACUGCCAUAG